AUGCGACGGUUUGACGCGGACAAGGAGAACCGCGUGGCGACCACCUCCAGCUACUCGCAGCGCGCGCCGCUCUCGUCUCGCCAGCUUAAACCCGCAGGAACGGCUACCGCGUCUGGCGCCAUGAAGCGGCCCCACAACCAGACGGACGGCUCUAAAUACCCGCGCAAAGCUGGAGGAGACAGAACCGACGCCUCUCGACGGCCACACGGCGAUGCACCGUCGUAUCUUCAUGGCACAGGUUUGUACAAGGCGACUACAGGCUCUUCAGUGCCCAAUCGGUUAGGCUCCACGAGUUCCAAGGCCUCAGCAGUCUCUGCCAACGCAGAGACAAAGACCGACGAGACGUCGUCUGGAAAGAAGACGUGGAAACUCAGUGACUUUGAGAUCGGCAAACCGUUGGGCAAGGGAAAAUUCGGCAACGUUUAUCUUGCUAGAGAGAAACAGUCCAAGUAUGUGGUGGCACUCAAGGUGCUGAACAAACAGCAGCUCAUGAAGUCGAGUAUGGAGCAUCAGUUGCGUCGAGAGAUCGAGAUUCAGUCCCACCUGCGACACAAAUCCAUACUGAGACUGUACGGCUACUUCUACGACGCCAAGCGCGUGUAUCUGAUCAUCGAGUAUGCCCCGCAGGGAGAGCUCUACAAGAAGCUGAUGCGUGCCGGUCGCUUCUCGGAAAAACAGUCGGCUCUGUACAUUCAGGAGAUGGCACGUGCUCUUAUCUACAUGCACAGCAAGCACGUGAUCCAUCGAGACAUCAAGCCCGAAAACCUGCUCGUUGGCUUCCACGGAGAGCUCAAGAUUGCUGACUUCGGGUGGUCAGUACACGCGCCGUCUUCUAGACGCACGACGCUCUGCGGUACACUGGACUACCUGCCACCUGAGAUGAUCGAGAACAAGCCACACGACGAAAAUGUGGACGUAUGGACGCUUGGCAUCCUCAUGUACGAGUUUCUAACCGGUGCGCCUCCUUUCGAGACCGAGAACACCAAGGAGACUUAUCGCCGCAUUGCGCACGUGGACCUCAAGUUUCCUAGCUACGUGUCUUCCGAGGCUCGAGAUCUGCUGGUGAAGAUUCUGCGUCACGACCCACAGCACCGCAUCUCACUGGAACGCGUGCUGGAACACCCAUGGAUCGUGCAGCACUGCGAGUCGUAGUGUACAGGU